AGAGAGGAAAAGAGAAAGAUAGAAAGAGAAAAGGAAAAGAAGAGAGGAAAAGAGAAAGAUAAAAAGAGAAAGGGAAAAGAAGAGGGAAAUAGAAGAGGAAGAUUGAUUAUAUUAUUUUUUGAAUUGUGAAUCACAAUUACAAACCUUUAUACAUCCAAGUUAGUCAAUUAACUAACUAUAGACAAUUAACUGUAACAUAUUUCAAAUUUGAAAAAUUUAAAUUCAAUACAACACAAAUCCAAUUACUCCAUAAAAAAAUUUCCAUUUUUAUCUUUCCCAUAAUCAAACAGUUGAAUUCUCCAAUACCCAUUUUGUGUUACCCAAGAACAAUGGCAGAAUGUCCACUUCCACUGUCAGUGGAAAAUUUGAUAACCAUCAUUUGUAAGGAACAAUCUCAACCUCCACCUGAUAUACAUGCAAGAAGAGAACUUGCUAGUUUGGGUGAAGAACAAUCAAGGGUGAUUCUGGAAAAAAUUAGAAAAUGUAAAAUUACAAAAUCAUUUUCUGGGUUUAUUGUUUUUAUGAGCAAACAAGCUAGAAAUACUACUGUAAUGGCUACUCAAUUGGGUUCUUUCUCUCCUGAUUUGAGAUCACUUACUCCUAUUUCUCCUCCUCAUUCUGAAGAAAGUAAUUAUCUUUCUGAUUCUGGUGAUUCUGCUGCAUCUGGAAGCUCUGUUUCAUCAGGAGGAGCUGCGUCUGUUGUAUCUUUCUUGUCUGAUAAAUUAGCUUCAAUAAAAUUGAAGUCAUUGAACUUAUUUGGCCUUUCCAAGCUUCACAAACCUAGUCGUGAAUUUAUGGCUUUGGAGAAAUUGGGUUUUCAAAGAACUUUCCUUGUUUUAAGUUACAUCGGAGGAAAAAUUGAGGAUGUAGCUUCAGUUCGUGAAAUUAAAAAACUUGUUGCUGAAAGUGAAAAACUUACAAUGGGAUCGUUUGAGAACCUGGUGUGGAAUAGAUAUGGUGAUCAAUAUUGUCUCCUAAAGGAUCGAAUUAAGUAUAGCACGUGGGGCUCACCUGGACAACACUACUUCUAUCACUGUCGUGUUCAAUGUGAUGGUAGUUAUUGUUUCAAGGGUCCUUUUUUAAACAAUAGAACAAGUCUACUCCAGAAAAUUUUCAAAGAAGAGAAUGUUUUGAUCGUAAAGUUUGUGAACGAGGAAAAGGGAAAAUCAAAAUUGAGUAGAGGUCCAUCUUCUUCAUUUGCUGCUUAUGAAAGGAUUGCAAGAGAAGGAAUAUACUUUGGUCAGAAGAGCUACCAGUUCUUUGCUUUCAAAGACGGCAGAAGAGGAGAGAAGGACAACAUAACAAGCUCAGUGAAAUGUUACUUUGUUAAUAUGGACACCUUUGCACCACUCUAUGACAUUCAUAGGUGCCCACGUCAAGCAAGAUCUGUUUUCAUGCAUUUGGAUACCCUACCCAGCUUGUCCAAGUAUGCAGCUAGGCUUGAACUCAUACUUUCAAAAACAAUUACUUUACCAAUGAAUCUAGAUGCUCUUAAUAUUGAGGUCCUUGCUGAUAUAAAGUGUCAACUUGCAGAUGGUUCUGAUGUCAUGGGUGAAGAUGGGAAAGCACUUAUACACACUGACGGAACUGGAUACAUAUCGGAGGAUCUAGUUCGUGGGUUUCCUUGGAAUGAUUUCAACAAACUAAGUGAUCAUAGUUUUGAGAGAUAUCAUGUCGAUGGAUUGGAGCUCAAUGAGUUACCUACACAAUCACCUGAGCUGCCUUUAUUGCUGCAGUUCCGUUUAUUCUACAAGGGUUAUGCUGUCAAGGGGACUGUCCUUGUUAAUCGCAAGAUUCCACAAAGAACAAUUCAGGUCCGACCAUCAAUGAUCAAAGUUUGUAAAGAUCCAGAACACAUACAAUCUCAUAGCGUGAAUUCAUUUGAGGUUGUGGCCACAAGUGGUCGACCAAAGAAGUCAUACUUGUCACGAUAUUUAGUUUCCCUAUUGCACUAUGGUGGAGUUCCAGAAGAGUUUUUCAUAGGCAUACUAAGAAAUGCAAUUGAUGAUGCUCAAGCUUCUCUGACCAACAAGCGAGCGGCUCUUCAAGUUGCUCUUGAAAGUGGGGAUAUGGAUGAUGAGCGCUUGAUUGCAAGGAUGAUACUAUGCGGAAUUCCUCUGCAUGAACCAUAUCUGAAGACACGUUUAAAUUUCCUCACUGCUCAUCAGAACAAGAGCCUGAAAGGAGGGAAGCUUCCCAUUGGUGAAAGCUUCUACCUUAUGGGUACUGCUGAUCCGACAAGUACCCUUCAAAGUGGAGAAGUUUGCAUUAUUCAUGAAAACGGACAAAUUUCUGGCAAGGUUUUGGUAUAUCGUAAUCCAGGCAUUCAUUUUGGAGAUAUCCAUGUUCUCACUGCGAGACAUGUAGAAGGUUUGGAAGAGAUAGUUGGAAACUCAAAAUAUGGUAUUUUCUUUCCCAUUAAAGGCUCCAGGUCACUCACUGAUGCAAUGGCUGGUGGUGAUCUUGAUGGAGACAUGUAUUGGGUGUCACGGAACCUUGACCUAUUAAAAUAUUUCAAACCAAGUGAACCUUGGAUAGGUACUAACAAUUCAUCAAGUUCCCACCAGAAGAUACCAAAGGAACUUUCUGAUGAGGAGUUGGAGCAUGAGCUUUUCUCCCAUUUCCUGAGUACAAGGUCUCAAUCAAGUAAAGCUAUGGGAAUUGCUUCCAACAACUGGUUGGUACACAUGGAUCAGCUUUUAACUCUGGAGGACAAAUAUAUCAAAAAGAGAGAAUGCUUAAAAGAAAAAAUGCUGAAAUUAGUGGACAUUUACUAUGAUGCACUGGAUGCGCCAAAGACUGGUGUAACGGUUAAUGUUCCACGGGAGUUGACCGUAGAAACUUAUCCUCAUUACAUGGAGAAGACAUCGCUGCCUAGUUACCAUUCAGAAUCUAUUUUGGGGAAGAUUUAUGAUGAAGCACACAAAUGGGAAGUUGAGACUCCUCCCAUCCCAGUUUGGAAGCUAUCACUUUUAAAUGUUGAAGUUCCUGAAACAAACUUGAAGACAUGGCACCAUCUUUACAAAAAGUACCGUGCUGAUAUGACUUCCGCAUCCAACAUUGUUGACCUAGAACAAAGGAGGGAAAAUCAAAAUAAAGUGGUACUGAAAUACAAAAAGAUACUAUAUGAAGCGACAGACUUUGAAAAGUGUUCAAGAGAAUGGGAGGCAAUCUGUUUUGAUGCAUUAGCAAUAUAUAAUGUAUCGUAUGAUUAUGCGAAGCGAAUUGAUGAUGCAAAGAAAUGUGGCUUUGCUUGGAGAGUAGCAGGUGAAGCUCUGUUGAAGAUACUCAAUGAAGGUCAAGCUGAGAAACCCUUAGUUUGUUUGCCUUCAGUGCUCCAGGAAAUUUUAACUAGGAAAACUGUCGAUGAAAAAAUGUAGAAAGUGUAAUUAUGAUUAAGGUACAAUGUACAUUAUUCUAUCUUAUAACGUGAUUGUCAUUUCAAGUUAUAA